CGAGUAAAACGGCAGAGAUAGAUAGUAAACUGCCGAAAACUGUGCGCGACACGCAGCGACGCUUUACCCGCACUUUGGUUUAAUAUCACGUCAGCUUCGUCCGCCGCCGGUUUCCCCAAAAUAACAGUGUCAUGGUGUGAAUGUCCCGCCGAGAGAAGAGCGACUUUAAUAUCCGCGUCCAUCCGCCGGAGCGACUUUCACUUCUUCCAAGUUUACUUGGACUUUUUCUGGAGACGCUGCAGGCUGGAGUUUGACGCUGACUUCCUGCAGACUGCUUUGUAGAAAGGGAAAUCUUUGUGAGAAGGCCUGCUCAUCCACCGUCCUCAUACUGGAAGCUACAGGAUGGCGAGAAGUUUCCCCGUUCCCUUGUUACUUCUUGCAGUAUGCUGCCUGGCAUCUGCAGGGCCGUUGUUUCGCAGCCCAUGUGAGCUGCUGCCGGUGGGGGUGGGACACCCGGUGCAGGCCACGUUGAAGAGCUUCACCGCCCUGUCAGGCUGCGCCAGCAGAGGCACCAGCAGCCUCCCGCAGGAGGUCCACAUCAUCAACCUGAGAGGACACGCUCCAGAGGGACCAGACAGCACCCCGGCUGAAGUUGAGCUGCAUCUGAAGCCGAUCCAGUCUCUGCUGCGCCACCAGAAGCCGCUGGUUUUAGUGCUCAACUCCCCCCAACCACUCAUCUGGAAGAUCAAGACGGAGAACCUGGCCCUGGGCAUUAAACGAACCUUUCAUGUAUCUGAGGGCUCAGAGGUCCACUUCCAGCCCGGAAACUUCUCCCUGUCCUGCCAGAUCCAGAAGGAGACCCUUCCUCAUGGCAACGAGCACCUCCUCAACUGGGCGCAGAAGAAGUACCGGGCAGUCACCUCCUUCUCUGAGCUCCGGAUGACUCAAGACAUCUACAUCAAAGUCGGAGAAGAUCCUCUGUUUUCUGACACCUGCAAGAUUGAUACCAAGUUCCUGUCUCUGAACUACCUGGGCGGCUACGUGGAGCCGCAGGCAUCAAAGGGCUGCGUCCUGUCUGGACCCGACAAAGACCAAGACGUCCACAUCAUCGAGCUCCAAGCGCCCAACUCCAGCAGUGCGUUCCAGGUGGAUGUCAUCGUAGAUCUACGGCCUCUGGAGGACGAUGCCCCGCUGCAUCGUGACGUCGUCUUGCUGCUUAAGUGCGCCAAGUCUGUCAACUGGGUCAUCAAGGCGCACAAUGUGAUUGGCAAGCUGGAUGUAGUGGCCUCUGAUACCGUGAGUGUGAGUUCGAAUACGGAGAGACUGAUGCCAGUAUCAAAAUAUCCCAAGCAGCAGUUGCCAUCAGGGCCACAAGCCUUGAUCAAGUGGGCAGGAGAGCAUGGCUUCAGCCCGGUCACGUCCUACACCAGCACUCCUGUGGCUAACCACUUCAAUAUCCGACUCAGAGAGCCAGAUGUGGUGGAUCCUCUGGAGAGCAUGUUGCCUCCAGAGCUCUCCAUCCUGCGCGACUCCAAUCCUCAUCCGAGAACCGGAGCCGCUUCGCGACACUCCGGCCUGCCUUUUCCCUUCCCUCCGCCCGUACCGGACGGCCUGCCCUACCUGCCUCUGUCCCCCUCCCUCGACGACCGGCCCUGGGAGAACGGCGAGUUCGAGGAGCAUCAGGGCGUUCUGAACGUUGGGAUCAAUGUGCAGUGCGAGGACACGAGGAUGGUGGUCAGCGUCGACAAAGGAAGCCUGGAGGCGAAGGGGUUUACUCAUGCCAACCUCACGCUCCAGGACCCAGCCUGCAAAGCAACAGUCAAUGCCACCCACUACACACUGGAAACUCCUCUGACUGGCUGUCAGACCACCGUAUAUCCCCUCCAGGGGAGUCCCAUGGCCCUGCACAUCAACUCUGUCUUGAUAAGUCAUGCUGAGACUAAGGAUGGGAGUGGCGGGCCGCUGGAUUAUGAGGAUCUGGAAUCCGGAGACGUGCUGUUCCCGAGGGACCCAGUGGAGCGGACAUUAACUGAGGCCGCGGAGCACCAGUCCACCAUCAUGUUCAACUGCACGUACCGAAAGAGCCAGGAAACCUCAGAGACGCUGCCCAGGAUCGUGCCCGGCCCGGGGAGGACACCGGUCAGCAACAUGACGUUUGUCAUGGAGCUCUACAACGCGCUGCCGUUCAACAACCCGUCACGCCAGGCCUUCUACACCGUUAAACACAUGCAGGAAGUCUUUGUGGAGAUCACAUCAACCGCAUCCGAUCCGGAGCUCGGGUUCAUCAUCAUAUCGUGCUUCAUUUCUCCCGACUCCAACUCCAAAGCGGCCUCAGACUACACUCUCAUAGAGACGGUUUGCCCCAAAGACGACUCGGUCAGGUCCUACCCUCAGAGGGACUUCCCUGCGGAGAAGAAAACCUUCAGCUUUACUCUCAACUCAAAGUUCAACACGUCCCUGCUCUUCCUGCACUGUGAGAUGUCUCUGUGCUCCAAGAGGCCUCUGAGCAACCAAAGACUGCCGCCGUGCUUACAACCCGGUGAGCCCUGCGAUUCUCUCGGCGUGGACAGCAUCAUGAUGAUGAUGAUGAACACCAAGACGUCUACCAAGCCGAUGGUCGUGGUGGACGGACCCAGUCAACAAACACCAGUCACACCUCCUCACAAAGUACCUCCAAGCCCAGGGAAUUCUUCUAAUGAGACCACGCUGUACGUGCUGGACACUCCGACAGUGGUGGGAAUCGCCUUCGCAGCCUUUGUGAUCGGGGCCCUGUUGACCGGAGCUCUGUGGUUUAUCUACUCGCACACAGGUGAGACAGCUGGCACACAGCAGGUCCAGCAGAAGUCGGCGCCGGCCUCCGAAAACAGCAGCGCGGCUCACAGCAUCGGCAGCACGCAGAGCACACCAUGCUCCAGCAGCAGCACGGCGUAGCCCAGGACGCAGCCCAGUCCGACGGUUCACAAGGACCGGUUUGUUGAUCUCCUUCCAUGAUAGGAAUUAUUUUUGGGGGAUGCAAUAGGAAGGAAAAAAAUGAUUUAAAAAAACACGUAAUAACAACUUUGGUUCUUAUGUAAAUGCCUUUCGUGCCACUUCAAGCGCGUGCAGACAAACAAACUGUCCUGGUGUUACUGCUCUGUAAUCGUAGUGAGACGCAGCUUGGCAGCCUCACCUCAUAUUUAGUACAAGAAACAAAUGUGAGUUUAUUCCAGGCAUUUCUUUCCAAUCCAAAUGCUGCUUUUUUCUGACCACAACACAGCCUUUAGUUUUGACCUUACAUGGUGUGAUUUAGGCUAACAAGCAGGUGUUCUCCAACAGCAAUCGGGCUGCGGUGAUGUCAGUAUUAGUGAGUGUGAUGUUAAUGGCUGGACUGUAACACGUUACUUCACGACACGCAGCCACGAAGGUGGCAAAGGAGCAAAGCAACCACUAUUAACAUGCGGACAAAAAGUGCAGUAUGAACAGAAAAGGCCGUCUUGACGCAGAGAGAGAGAAAGGCUUUUAAAAUAUGAAAGAUAGUGUAGGUAAUGAAUGUAUACAGAAGAGUAAAUGCCAAAAAAUGUGAAUGAAAAAUGUGAAAGACAUGCUGAUAAAAUGCCACAUUUAAUGAUGUACUCAUUCUUCCCUCAUAAUGGGUUCAAACACAUGUCGGUAAAACCUAUUUUACCAGUGCUUUCUAUACAGAGUAUGUAUAGUAUAGUUAUGUAUUUCAGUAGAUGAGGGUCUGAGUGUCAGUUUUAUUGAUGAUACACAACUUCACAGGGGCAUUAUGGGUUCCCUUUUAGUGGACUUUAUUGAAAUAGUCCAACAUUUUGGGAAAUGUGUUUAUUCUCUUUUUAUCUAAAAGAUAUAGAGAAGAAGAUGGAUACCUGUCUGUUGUGUAUGCUUUAAAGUAACACUAAGGGAUCAUUUUUAUAUCAGUUAUUUACCCCGUUAUGUUGAAUUUGUUGAUUUUGAUUAAAGUCAAAGAGGUCCAUGUUCAAUUACAACAAAGCUGCCUCAAAAUAUACAAAUUCUCAAUAAAAUGAAGGCAAUGAUCAACAAAAGAAACAGUGACCCAAAAAUUAGUAAGAAUUAUAUUUGAAGUCGAAGAAAAUUAUCCGAAAAUCACAUAGAAAAAUAAAUAUAAAGA